AUGUCUAGCGAGCUUUAUCCAGAGCGGUCUCAUCUGUUAAGAAGAAAUGAUGAUACAAAUAACAUGGACAUAGAAAAUCCAACCAAGGAUCCUAUUCCUCACAGAUCGGUGUGGUAUUUAAUUGCGUUAACGGUGUCUCUUUUAGGUGUUCAAUUGACCUGGUCUGUUGAACUUGGUUAUGGAUCUCCAUAUCUAUUUUCCCUCGGCCUUCGUAAAGAAUACACGUCCAUCAUUUGGAUCGCUGGUCCAUUGACAGGGAUUAUUAUUCAACCAAUUUCUGGAAUACUUUCGGAUCGCUUUCAGUCGAAAUUUGGAAGGAGAAGGCCUUUUAUGCUGGUUGCUAGCUUGCUAGGUAUGUUUAGUUUAUUCUUGAUGGGAUGGGCCCCAGAUUUGAGUGAGCUAUUCUUUCAGGGUACGGUUGCGAAGCGUGUAACCAUUGGAUUGGCAACCUUGAGUAUUUAUCUUUUAGAUAUCGCUGUGAAUGUUGUCAUGGCUAGUACUCGAUCCCUAAUUGUCGAUUCUGUCAGUUCAGAACAACAACAUGAUGCAAAUUCUUGGGCUGGAAGAAUGAUUGGUAUCGGUAAUGUUUUCGGAUACUUACUAGGAUUCCUUCCUUUGUACCGAAUUUUUGCUUUCCUCCAUAUUACCCAGCUCCAAGCCUUCUGCACGAUGGCCUCGAUUUUUCUUUUACUGACGGUUAGCAUUACAUCUUUAAUUGUUACCGAGAGAUCAUUUCCUGCUUCUGAGAAGGAUCAGUCAGUUGUUUCUGAAAUUUUGGAAUUUUUCGGGACCAUGAGACAAAAUAUUUCAAGCCUUCCUGAUUCUCUACGAAAAAUAUGCUAUGUACAAUUCUUUGCUUAUUUUGGAUGGUUUCCAUUUUUAUUCUACAUAACAACUUACGUUGGAACUUUGUUUUUGAGGCACGCACCUAAAGGCCAUGAAGAGGACUGGGAUAUGGCAACUCGUCAAGGAUCGUUUGCAUUACUUUUGUUUGCAAUUGUUUCUUUGGCCUCAAAUACUGCUUUGCCUCUUCUACUUGAGAGCGGGAGAGAGGAUGAUGACGAUGAUGAGGAGGAGUAUGCAACGGAAGAAGGCUCAAGAGACUACGAGAGAUAUUUACGGCCUGCAAUUUAUAUACCGCAGGCUUCAGUUGAGCCUAGUGAAAGAUCUUCUUUAAGAUCUGAGCCCACGGAGGUUCCCUCGCCUGCUCCUUCAGCUCCUGUAUCUCAAUUGCAAAGAACUAUUCCUUCUAACCGUUCUAUUAUUAGCACUUUUUCAUCAAAAGUACAAAUUAAAGGCCUUACAUUACCAUUAUUAUGGCUUUUUUCUCACAUAUUGUUUGGCAUCUGCAUGCUCAGUACUUUUUUCCUGGGCACAUCAUGGGAAGCACAAGUGAUGGUAGCAAUUUGUGGUUUGUCUUGGGCUUGCAGCCUUUGGAUUCCAUAUUCACUUUUUUCAUCUGAAGUUGCAAAGCUGGGUUUGCGUGAAAGCAGUGGGAAAAUGAUUGGCGUACAUAAUGUGUUUAUUUCAGCUCCUCAAGUUUUGAGUACGAUUAUUGCUACAAUUGUUUUUGUUCAAUCAGAGGGAAGCCACCGUGACAAAAGCGAUAACAGUGUCGCUUGGGUAUUAAGAAUUGGAGGAUUGGCAGCGUUUGUAGCUGCUUUUCUGUGUAGUAAACUUUUGUCUAUUGACUUUUAA